ACUUUAGGGUUGUAAGCACAAAGAACACGUUAGAUGUGUAUAGCAAAGGACCUCUCAAUGGCAGCGAGCAUAAACGGGAGCAUGAGAAACGUCUUAUUGCUGUCACUGUUCUUAAUGAACAUCCAGCAUGUAUCCGCUUCUAAAGGAGUCUCUGCCAGUCUGAAAGCCAAGUGGAGCAUGACGCCUUUUCUUUUGGAGACAAGUGAGUUCAUUGGAGAAGAUGGGAAUGAGAAAUUCUGGCAGUUUGUUGAAACUGUUAAAGAGUUGACAGUGUACAAGAAUGGAGAGUCAGUGCGAUCAUAUUACAACUUGAUCAUCAAGAAGGCUGGCCAGUUUCAGACAGAUCUUCAAGUCAGUCUCCUGAGAUUUGCUUUGUCUCUGAGGGCCUACUCUCCAGCCGUCUUUGCAUCCCAGCAGAUUGCCAGUGAUGAGCCGCCGCCCAAGGCUUGCCCCGCCUUUGUGUCUGUCCAUGGUCAACAAAGCUGUAGCACCAAGGACAUGAAGAAACUCCUGAAGGCUGCUGCAGGCCGGCCUAAGCCAUACAUAUACAAGCAUGAUCACAGAUACCCAGGACUCAACAAGACUGAAGUCCCAGUGGUGAUUUUGUAUGCAGAAAUAGGCACUGGGAAGUUCAAUGCCUUCCACAAGGUCCUGUCUGAGAAGGCUGUGGAGGGCUCUCUCCUGUAUGUGCUCCGUCACUACGUAGCGGAUCCAAAGCCUCAACAUAUGCUUUUGUCUGGAUAUGGUGUUGAACUGGCCAUUAAAAGCACUGAAUAUAAAGCUGUAGAUGACACCAAAGUGAAAGAUUCAAAAGUGGCUGUGAACACGGAGGAGGAUGACUUUGAUGAAGUCCAAGGAUUCCUUUUUGGAAAAUUAAAGAAGUCCCACCCGGAACUUCAGGAGCAGCUUGGAGAGCUCCGGAAGCAUCUUCUGGAGAGCACCAACGAUAUGGCCCCCCUCAAAGUGUGGGAGCUGCAAGAUCUGAGUUUCCAGGCGGCCGCCAGGGUGAUGUCUGUACCAAAGUAUGAGGCUCUGAAGCAGCUGAGGGACCUCAGCCAGAACUUCCCCAGCAAAGCCAGAUCACUGACGAGAGUGGCUGUAAACCAAGAAAUGAGAAAAGAAAUUGAGGAGAACCAAAAGCGCCUGAGCGAGACCAUGGGUGUCCAUCCUGGAGACGGGGGGCUGUUCAUUAACGGGCUGCACAUUGAUCUGGACGUUCACAACCCCUUCAGCAUCUUGGACAUCAUCAGAGGAGAGGCCAGGAUCCUGGAGGGCCUCCAUAACCUGGGCAUCAAGGGAGAGAACCUGGGCAAGCUGCUGAGACUGCCUGUGAACCCUGUGGAGGACAACUAUGCCUUAGACAUACGCCACCCAGCCGUAACGUGGGUGAAUGACAUCGAGAACGACUCCAUGUACCGCAGCUGGCCUUCCAGCCUGCAGGAGCUCCUCAGAGCCACGUUCCCCGGAGUGAUCCGCCAGAUCAGACGCAAUUUCUUCAACCUGGUGCUGUUUCUGGACCCGGUUCAGGAAGACAGCAUCGAACUGGUGAAGCUGGCUGAGCUGUUCUACAAACACAAGAUCCCUCUCAGGAUCGGAUUUGUGUUUGUCGUCAACACGGAGGACGAGGUGGACGGCCUCUCAGACGCCGGGGUCGCCUUUUUCCGACUGCUGAAUUUCGUCGCUGAUGAGUACGACAUGUCUCAGGCUCUCAUGUCUGUGGUCGCGAUGUACAACAAAGUAGACAUUGGCGAGAAGCUGUCUGUUGAUACGGUGUCUGCCUACCUGAAAAAGAAAUUUCCCAAAGCCAACGCCGCCAGCAUCCUGGGGGUGGAUUCUGAGUAUGACGACAAAAGAAAGGCAGGAGCCGUGUUCCACAGGAAGAGCGGUCUGGGCACCCUCCCUCUGGCGCUGUUUAACGGCGUUCCUCUGAGCCCCGAGGAGAUGGACCCUGACGAACUGGAGACCAUCAUCCUGCAGCGCAUCAUGGACGCCACCAACUUCUACCAGAGAGCCGUCUUCAUGGGUCAGCUGACUGAAGGGACGGAUGUGGUGGACUAUCUGAUGGACCAGCCUAAUGUGGUGUCUCGCAUUAACCCUCUGGUCCUCAGCACCGAUAGAACAUACCUGGACUUCACCGCUUCGCCUGUUGCGGAUGACUGGGAGGACACCACUAUGUUCUCCUUCCUGGACACGAGGGACAAAACGGCCGUCGUCGCCAAGAAGAUGAAGUAUUUCACCAGAAACGGGUUCCCCCCAGAUGAGGACGGGAUCAGCGGAGUGACCGUUUGGAUCGUGGGAGAUUUGGAGACGGCCCCGGGGAGACGACUGCUGCUCAACGCCAUGAAACACGCGAAGGCCAGUCCUGGAGUGCGUGUAGGGGUGCUUGCCAACCCCAGCAGUAAGCCCAGCGAAGAGAGCACCGUGGUGUACAGGGCUCUGUGGGCCUCGCUCCUCACCCAGAAGAACAAGGCCGCAGCAGAGUUCCUCCACAAGGUCCUCAGAGAGGAGAGCAUUCUGCUGCAUCAGCAAGGCACCAGGAUGAAAGACCUUCUGGUGCAGGGCAUGGACGCGGACGCCUUUGAGAAGAAGUUCAACACGCUGGAGGUGCACCUGGUCCGCAGUCAGCAGCUCUUCUGCAGAGACGUCCUGAAGCUGAGCCCUGGACGGAGGGCUGUGGUCAGCAACGGCCGGAUUCUUGGACCAUUGGAGGAGGAGGAGUUUACCGUGGAGGAUUUCCAUUUGUUGGAGCAGAUUACCCAGAGCUCCACGGCAGAGACAGUCAAAGGGAGAAUCAAGCAGAUGGGGAUCAAGGGAAAGCAAGCCAGCGACCUGGUGAUGAAAGUGGACGCUCUCCUCACCGCCGCCCCCAAAGGAGAAGCCAGGAGAGAAGUCCGCUUCGUCAAAGACAGCCACAGCGUGCUCCAUCUACCACCUCGCGAAGGCGAAGUGUUCUACGACGUGGUGGCCCUGGUCGACCCUCUGACCAGGGAGGCCCAGAAGAUGUCACCUCUGCUGAUUGUGCUCAGUCAAGUGGUCAAUGUGAAACUCCAGGUGUUCAUGAACUGCCGAGCCAAGCUGUCCGAGAUGCCCCUGAAGAGCUUUUAUCGCUAUGUCCUGGAAUCGGACGUGUCGUUCAUGGCCAAUGACUCUGUGUCCCCGGGCCCUGUGGCCCGCUUCUCUGAGCUCCCCGAGUCCCCCCUGCUCACCCUCAACAUGAUCACCCCCGACAGCUGGAUGGUGGAGGCUGUCCGCAGCCCCCACGACCUGGACAACAUCCACCUGCAGGAGGUGAGCGGGCUGGUGGCGGCGGAGUACGAGCUGGAGCACCUGCUGCUGGAGGGCCACUGCUUCGACCUGUCCACGGGCCAGCCCCCGCGUGGCCUGCAGUUCACCCUGGGCAUGACUCAGCAGCCCCUCAUGCAGGACACCAUCGUCAUGGCCAACCUGGGCUACUUCCAGCUGAAGGCCAAUCCAGGCGCCUGGGUCCUGAGGCUGCGCCAGGGGAGGUCGGAAGACAUCUAUCAGAUCCUAGCGCACGACGGGACAGACUCUUCCACAGACUCUGGUGACGUCCAGGUGGUGUUGAACAGCUUCCACAGCAAGAUCAUCAAAGUCAGGGUACAGAAAAAGCCUGACAAAAUCAACGAGGACCUGCUAAGCGACGUUGCAGAGAGCCAGGGGAUAUGGGACUCUCUAACCAGCAUCGCGGGGGGUUCCGGUUCAGACGAUGGAGACAAGAAGAAGGAAGAUGUGCUCAACAUCUUCUCCGUGGCCUCCGGUCACCUGUAUGAGCGCUUCCUGAGAAUAAUGAUGCUGUCCGUCCUGCGGCACACCAGAACCCCCAUCAAGUUCUGGUUCCUCCAGAAUUACCUCUCUCCUUCCUUCAAGGAGUCCAUCCCCCACAUGGCUGCGGUGUAUGGCUUCCAGUAUGAGCUGGUGCAGUACAAGUGGCCCCGCUGGCUCCACCAGCAGACUGAGAAGCAACGCCUCAUCUGGGGCUACAAGAUCCUCUUCCUGGACGUCCUCUUCCCCCUCGCUGUGGACAAGAUCAUCUUUGUGGAUGCCGACCAGAUUGUGCGCGCAGAUCUGACGGAGCUGAGGGAUUUGAACCUGGAGGGCGCCCCCUAUGGGUACACCCCGUUCUGCGACAGUCGGACAGAGAUGGAGGGCUACCGCUUCUGGAAGACGGGCUACUGGGCCUCCCACCUGGGGCACAGGAAGUACCACAUCAGUGCUCUCUAUGUGGUUGAUCUGAAGAAGUUCCGGAAGAUAGCAGCAGGGGACAGACUGCGUGGUCAGUACCAAGCCCUGAGCCAGGACCCCAACAGUCUAUCUAACCUGGACCAGGACCUACCAAACAACAUGAUCCACCAGGUGGCCAUCAAGUCCUUGCCCCAGGAGUGGCUUUGGUGCGAGACCUGGUGUGACAACACCUCCAAGGCCACUGCCAAGACCAUCGACCUGUGCAAUAACCCCAAGACCAAGGAGCCGAAGCUAACGGCAGCGGCCCGGAUCGUGCCUGAGUGGGUGGAGUAUGACAACGAGAUCAAACGGUUACUGAGACAGGUGCAGGAGCAGAGGGCCCAGAGUCACACAGGACCCCCCUCUCAAGAGGAGAAAGGGAGCCUACGGGACGAGCUGUAGCAUCCUCCCCCAGGAUGAAGAAGGUCUUCCUGUGAAGCUUGAAGAACGCCACCGCACAAAGAUGUACAUUUCACUUAGAUUGAAGGGCGUUCUGGAAUGUUUCCACUUGGGAAUUGGGUACAUUUUUGCUGAAACACAAAGAAGGAACACAAUUGCAUUCUCUCCCCAUAAUUUUAAAUAUUUUGCAAUAAAUAAAUAUACACAAGUGAAGGGUAGCCUGGUGGCAGAAACAUGACAAUUCUCAUUCAUUCCUGUUAAUUCACAGAAACCCUGAUGGAAAUGUUCCCAUUGUGAAAUAUCCUGGAACUGUACAAACCCAUUUUCCAUAAAACUGGCCAAUAAAUAUUAAACCUCCUCUUUCAGAAGAGGAGGACCGAGAAACAUAUUGCAUAUUUUAAAAGUCAUGUCGAUUUCAAUUAAUGGGCAUCCAUGUCUUAUGACAGCAUGUGAUGUACUUUUUCCUGCUGUAGAUGCACACUACAUGUAGUACAUUAGAUGGCUAUAUGGCCUUAUUAGAGAUUAGGUAUGAAUGAGAAGCAGCAGGAAUAUUGCAGGCCUAUAUAGGCCAUGAUAAGUGAAAACUGGAGUUGGUGAUGGCAAUGAUUGCACUGAGACUGUAGUGUAUGCAAAAUAAAUCAAAUAGGCACAUUCCUAAAAUGAACAGCCAUCACAUUGCCAUUUGAAAUGAUCAGGAAACGUAAUUGUAUUUUAAUUUAAUGUGCAAUUCUACAUAAUGUAUCUGCACACCUUAGAAGGCUUUGGAGAUGGAGCCUAGUGCAUUGGAUUUGAUCAGUUGAUUUGUAAGAUGCACUCCUGCUGCUUGAGGUUUUUCAUCAGUUUGGUGCCUUGGUUAUUGUACAAAUCAGCAUUUUACAUAUUAUUUUCUUGCACUACUCACAAGUACGUUAAGGACUUAUUUCUGUGCUUUGUGAUAAAAAUCUUGCUGUAUUGGAGCUACUGUAAUCACUAAAUAUAACAUGGUCAGACCCCCCCCCCCCCCCCCCCCCCCCCAAGAUGUCUGGAUUGGAUGAGUGCUCAACCCACCAACCAUGUCUCUCUCACCUCGUCGCUCUCUCGCUCUCUCUCUGCCUGCCAAGUGAGUCUGUGUGCGCAAGUCAUGUUCACCUUAGAAUCACAAAGGGAUCUCAGUAUAUGGAAGCAAAUCGGUGUUUUGAAAGGCAUUGAAUACCUAAUAUAAAAUGUAAACACCACCAAAUGUGUUCGUUUGGAAUUCACCUUUUUAAAAUUGAAAUAUGAAUUCAUUUCAAUGUAAAAAAUAAAAAUCAGAUCCAAAAAUCCAAGGUGAAUUUCCAAACUUUGAAUUUUUGGAUCAGAAUUUCAGUUUUACAUUUAAAUAAAUUAAUAUUCCAAUUUUAAAGAGGUGAAUUCAAAACCAACAUAUUCAGUGGUGUUUAAAUUUCAAUAUUAAGGAAAUUCAAAACAUGUCACAGAUUUGCCUCCAUAUUAGUAGUUCCUUAUGCAAAAGGUACAGUAAGUAUAGGAUUUGAUAGGUUACUGAUUUUGUUUACAGGCUGUGUUCGUGUUGGUCAAAGUAUGUUUCACUUGUCAAGACUGAUUUUGUAAUGCCUUGAAAUGCACAAUAAAACUGCUUGUAUCUCAGGAAUGAAGUAGGUGUUAAUCCAUGUUUAGAUAUGUUGGGCCAUGUUUCUGCCUUAACAGCUAAUCAAGAAAUGAAAACCAGAAGUUUUAUCAGCUCUUAAGUGUCCAGAGAAUGUUUGUCAUUGUUCCCAUCAUGUCAGGGUGAAUAAAAUGUAUCUUU